AUGCAGAGGGCGACUUCCACGGCGAAUGGCUGGCAUGCCUUUUUGGUGCGAGGGGAUCGUGUUGGAAAGCAGUUGCUGCCUGUCUCGCACUACUCGCUCGCUUUCUCGUUCAUUCACUUACAGGCAACAACCAUGGGUCAAUCGGAGCUCACCACCAUCUCUGCAUAUGGCAGGGACAGCAGCACUAGCAGCGUGUUCAGUACGGCCAACGAGAAAGGCAACAAUGUUCGUGCCAGGGCGCCUUACAGAAUCCGACACCGUGGAUGGUUCAUUGCGAUUAUCUCGACGAUUUUCGUGACGUCAAUUGGCCAUCUCGCGAUGGGGAUUCUGAUCGCUUCCGUUGUCAAUCCGCAUGCCGUCUACUAUGACGAUGCCGUCCAGGAGACGUACUCGUCCGGGACGUUGAUUUCGAGGGUUGCCCUCGUCUUCUUUUGGGUUACGAUCCCCGCCGUCAUGUCCACUCUCAGCCUCGUCGAGCUCAUCCAGAUCUCCCGGAACCGAAUGCCGGAGAAGUGGAUCGUCAUCUCUGCCGUCGCCGCCACUUUGAUCUGGGCUGUUCAGAUGACUCUUGAGGGAAUCUGUAUGUGGGGUCUGCCCAAUCCCGUUACCCUCUCGCGUGGCGGUAUGUGCCUUUGGCGGUACAGUACGAAUCCUGGCUGGACGGGUUGGUACUCGGCGAACGUCCUGGCAUGGAUCGUCGCCUGGCUCGUCAUCCCGGUGCUCUGCAUGUAUAUCAUCUACUUUUCCGUCGGAUUGAGGGCUGUUGUGGUAGACAAGAGAGACCUGAAGGCGCAAAGUGCACCUGAGGCGCCAAAGGCGGAUUCCUUGUCGUUGCACACUCUUUCGACCUCGCCGGUUGCUGAGACGCUGGUGACGGACACUCUCCACGCGAGCACUCGUGGUGUCACGCGACCUCCAAGCUACUUCUCUAGCAGUGCUGCGUCCUUUGACUCGUACGAUGUCAAGAAGGAUUAG